UCUGUAACUUAUUUGUUAGCACUCUAUAUUACAGUGCGUGAGUCAUAUUCAGCGUACACAAAAGUGUUCUGUGAAUUUAACAUUGGAACUUAUAUAGAAGGCGAAUGGGUCAUGGUUCCUAUAGGUAUACAUACAUUAUGUCGGUUGAGUUUUUGAGUCCAAAGAAAUAUAGGUGUUAUAACAAAGUGAAAACGUUCAAAAUAGCUUAUAAUGUUUAAUAUAUAGAAAAUGAAUAAUACGGAAAACUUAGGUAAGACUUGGGAGGAACUAAGAUCUUUAGCUAAGAUCCCUUUGCUUUUUUAAGGUACAAAAACGACUGCACGUCAGUUUACCAGGUUACCACAAUAAGUCAAAAAUCUGCAAUGGAUUUUGACCUCUUCUACUAAUCGGAUAACGUUUAAAAUGAAGUGGGGUAAUUUGACAGUUUUGUGUAGUCUGACGUUCAGUCGACUGUACUACUGUUUGUUUUCAAAACAGUAUUUCAUGAUUAUUUACAAAAGUUAUUUUCAUAUUUUAAGAGAUAAUGAAGUAGACUGAGUAUUUGAUGUAAUAGUCCUAAAGUAAUGUAUUAUAUUCUAUUAGUUACAUACUUUCUCACUAAUAAAUAUUAUCGAAUAGAUAUAAAUUUAAUGUUUUUGCAGGUUAUAUUUUAUUUCCUAAAAGUUGACAACCUUGAAAUAUCAAUGAAAUACUUAUGUAAGUUUGGCGCUUGAGAUAAAAUAAAAUGUUUGAAAAUGUCGAACGAUGUUGAGUCGAGAGCCUCUACGCAAGCAUGUAGUGUGCAAACUUACAUAAGGGUUAAGCAAAAUGUCAAUCUAGGCUGUUCAGUAUUUAUCCAGCGCACAAGCCUGAGAGAUUGCAAUUUGGUCUGCAGAUAAUUUUUUACUUAUUUCAUUAUGCAAGCCUGGCUUAAGGUAACGUUAGUUUUGUGCCUGUUUGGUACUUUACGAGAGAUACGACCUUCCGAGCCUUUUGUUACGGAGUUUCUUCUAGGAGAAUGGAGAAACAUAACGGAGGAACAGUUAAAUCGUGAUAUUUAUCCAGUGGGAACAUAUUCUUAUUUAUCGCAACUGGUUGUCGUAUUUUUGAUCACAGACUUUUUAAGAUUUAAGCCAGUAAUAAUAUUAUCAGGUCUUAGUGGAAUAUCAGUAUAUGCUGUCUUACUAUGGACAUCUAGUUUAGAAUGGCUGCAAGUAUCACAGUUCCUCUAUGGAAUGUACAUGGCCACAGAAGUAGCAUAUCUAACAUACAUAUAUGCCAAGGUCGACUCAUCGAAGUACCCUCGUGUGUCAUCAUACACUCGCAUCGCUGCACUGACUGGCCGGUUCCUGUCGGGCGUGAGUGCACAGCUUCUCACUCACUUCAAGCUAAUGAACUUCAGAGACUUGAACUACAUUACGUUUUCAGCACAGAUUUUGGCAACAUUUUGGGCGGUUUGGCUGCCAUCAGUACAGUAUAGCAUAUAUUUCCAUAGAAGGAACUCCAUAGAGAACUCUUUGCAGUCCAACAUUAGGCCGCCGCUGGAAAAACGGCUUUCAGCUCAACCCAAACAAGACAAGCAAACAUUCCGAAGUAAUGUAAUAGAGGCAUCGACGCUUAUCACACGUCACGCGCGGCUCGCUUACACACGGCCUAAAGUGCUCGCGUGGUCAGCGCUGUACGCUAUCGCUUUAGCGCUGUUCGUGCAAGCGCAGACUUAUAUCCAGCUCCUGUGGAAACAGAUACAGGACGAAAGCGAUAAUCCCGUGGCUUACAACGGCGCAGUUGAAGCCCUACAGACGUUGCUAGGUGCCGGUGGUGCUUUCAUCGCUUCUUGGUUCACGCGGGCAUCGAACCCUGCCCCAGUGGCUGCGAUACAGGGCGUUGCUUUAUUCCUGGGCACAUAUGUACCCAACGUGUACGUCUCCUACGCCGGCUAUGUCGUCAUGGGAAUGCUGUUCCAUUACACCAUCACUUUGGCAAGUGCUAAAAUUGCCGGUCAGCUGUCGGACGAGAGUUGCUUCGGUCUAAUAUUCGGCAUCAACACACUGAUAGGCACCGGGCUGCAGUCGUUACUUACCGUCAUACUCAUACAAACGUUGAAACUUCCAAUCGCGUCGCAGUACUACUGCCUCAGCGGACUUUUCCUUAUCCUCGCCGCCGGAUGGCUGCUGGGCUGGAUAAUACAUAUGUGUAAACAUAAACAACUUCAUGUUGUCAAUUAAUUUAUUAAGGAAUAAAUGGGGUAAUUUUGUAUAACUAGACGUAGCUGUUGACUUCAUCACCCCGUAAAACUGCCGGUGGACUAUAGAAUCAAGGCCAUUCACCAAACUUGGUGUUCUGACUGUUUCCGAAAUAAAAACAUUAUCAAAUUUUUUUUUAUUGAUUGUGUGUAAAGAAGAACAUUCAAUUCUGACCUGUCAACAUCGAGAUAAGCAAUCAUCGUGUAUAAUUUGCAUUGGGCCAGCGUGGAGGGUUAUGGGCCAUCCUUCUUAACCAUCCAUAAGGAUGGCCUGAGCCCCUGCAGUGGGGACGUAAAAGGACUGGUGAUGAUGAUGAUGAUGAUAUCGCAUUAAAUAACUUUUUUGUUAUUUAUAACGAAGAACUAAACAAAAAUAUUAUUAAAGAAAAUAAAAAUUAGCUACUAAUAUUUUACACCAGAAAUUCAUGUCUAUUGGUCGCGCAUUAGAAAUGAAACUUUAAAAAACCGGUCCAAUUCAUGGUCUGAUUAAUAAGCAAAAGUAGCAAAUGCUACGAGCCCUGCAUAUUUGGGAGCCUUAAAAAUGUAAGAAACAAACAGCCUCGACUGAAUAAAUGGUUUUAAUUUUAUUUGAAUCUCUCUUUUCACCCGCACAAAACAAAAUGACGCUCGCUCCCGCCAUGCCACGCACAAUUUCAAUUUUGCGCAGCUGUUUAAUGUAUGUACACAGGGCAAUAUGUCCGAUUAUUGUGGACUUUGCAAGUACCGACCGCUCUUCGUAUCAAAGGACUUCCCUACUAACAAAGAUCUGCUUACGGUGGUGACGUGCGGCCGUGUGUAUAAGGAAGUUACAGACCAAAAAAACCUAAUAGAUACAUGAAAUAAUUUGAAAAAACUUAUUUGAUCACAUAUAGCUCCUACAAAUUAAUAUGAUAACUGCGAGCAUGUUCUAAAAGAAUUGUCGUUGAAAACUUCAUUAAUAUAAUAUCCGUGAAGAUCUGCGUCAGAGGCAGUGUCAGGUCCUAUCACAAAUAACCUGGUCCUACCCCCAUUGCAUGUAUGAUACACGAAUGAUCCAAAAACAUGUUUCUUUAUAGUAAUAAUAGCGUUUCGAAAAUAGUCGAAAUUUUGUUUACGGAGAAACAAUAGGCCUUCAAAUAUCAUGUCAAUUUGUACGAGUAGUAAGUAUUCACACUUCAAUGAUUCACAAUGUGUAGCACACGGGUGUUUGAUAUUUUGUCACAUAUUUGUGAGCAAGGAGUGUUCACUUCCCUUUACGCGUAACUGGCGCGGGCUCUAUGGCAACAAUUUUUAUGUCCUUGGUGAUCUUGCUAUUAAGUUUUGACAAGGGCAACAUUUGUGAUAUUCAUAUUUUUCGUUUGUUAAUUUAAAAUACGUUCCUUAGAACGACUUUAUAAAUAACCUUAUUUAUGAAGUCGUUCUACAAUGAAUUAUAAUGAAACACUUUAAAUGGAAUUGAAUUUAAAAAAAAUACGAUUCCGGUAUGUGCAUAGUCAACAGCACGACUAUACAAAACUGUUUUUCUCCAAUUGAUUUUAAAUAUUCAUACUGAGAGUAGUGUAAUAAAAUCUUUUAGCGAAUAAUACGACAUAUUGUGGUAAUCUAACGUGCUGCUGUGUGUGGUGUAAGUUCAGAGGAGAAUCAACCAUCCGCUAUCCAGGAUGAAGUAGAAAGUACUCUAGGCCUCUAGGGUAAAACUAGGUAAUACCCCCCACAUCUAAAAUAGGUAAUUUUUGGAAAAGGCUUCUAGUUAAUAUCAUUUAAAGCAGUAGGAACUUUAAUGCAAUUCAAUAAAUGAGAUUAAAUUUUCGAAAGGUAUUGUUAAAAACCACCUUCACUGAAAUCUUUAUAAUGACUAAAUAUAGAAUCUUUUCCUAAAUUGAGGACUUGUCUUUCUCACAUUUAUGCUGUUCCAGACAUUUUCUAUACAAGUUACGUAACCAUGAAAAUUUUAAAACAAAACUAGUAAUGUUUUUUUGGAUAUAAUGCUUGUCUGCUAUCAAUGUUUAAAUUUCUAAUUUCAUAACACUAUGUACAUAUUGUUUAAAUCAAAAAUAUUGACUGUUUUAUGAGAUAUUAAUAAAAGAAUUUUAAACAUCUUAAAUAAAUAUAUUUAAUCUGUGUAUAUACAUAAAAUUUGAUAUGUAAACAUUUAUGGAAUGUUUGUCAAAAGAAAAUAGAAAUAAAUUAUUUGCAGUUUG